AUGAGUCAUUUCAAAGACUCUAUAUACUUUGCUUCCAGUGGCGAUCUACGGCUUCCACAGAUCAUCCAUCAGGAUUCGACCAGACGUUCUGCAUUGCGGCCUGCCAAGCUGACUUUAUACGACGAAUUUGAGAGAUUCGAACGUUCAGGAGUAGCCAAGUUCGAAAAAUACCUAGCCAAUGCACGAGCACUCUCAUUUGGAGAACAGAUCCAGAGUUUGUCUGUAAUGGACAAAGGAAAUAGUAAGAGCAACGAUCCUACGCAUUCCAAACCGAAACAAAGAAAAAGAAGCGAACACUACCGGGACAAGCCGAAAGAUCAUUCUCGAACGCCCUUUAAAAGGCAAGAUAGAAACACUAUCGGGAGCGAUGGAUUUUCCAUUCUGGCCGACCUAGAAAAGAUACCACUCGUAGCAGACAUGAGACCACCUUUUGAAAACAAUACCGAACACGGCCUUUCGGAUGUGUCGGUGCAUUCAGAUAAUGACAUUCUUGGAGACGUCUUGAAGCGUACAGAAAAUGAGACUGAUUCGUGGGAAGAUCAUCAUGAACAUAAUAUGGUUGACGAUGACUAUAAUGUGAAACCUUUAAGAAAUCGGGUCGGAACUCACCGAAACAGUGAUAAAGACGAAGAUCUAGAUGAAAAUGGAAGAAGUAUUUGGGAUCAGGAAAGCAGCAAUUUAAAAGGCGUUCCUGAACGUUUGAUGUCUCCGGGACAGUACUUUGGAGCACGUUCAUUACCACUCCAAUCUAUCAAUGAUUUGUGGAAUGAACCAGCAAUGGCGUCCCCGACCUCUUUCACAUCACAAAACUCUUCGCAGAAUGAGCCCAAAAAGGGUUCCUGGCAGAAAGGGACGCGAGUUCGGACAAUGCGCGAUAUUAGUCGCGAUCAGUACACUAUAAAUAGCAAAAUUAGCUUAUCUCACGAAGAGCUAAAUAUGCCAAGUAUACCCAAACCGAAAGGAAUAAAGAACAGCAAGUUUGCCGAUCCACUUUGGACGACAUUUAAAGCUCUUCCAGACUCCUUAACUCACACCCCUCGUUUCCGUAUUAACUACGACCGAAUCAAUUCACCGACAGAGUUAAGAGAGGUCGCCAACCGACUAAAGCAGCUUCAUAAUGACACCAAUAUACCUUUAACAACUGCUAUUCAUGUAACAAAGAGACGGGACUAUAUGAAUAAGCUUGAAAGUGAUAUGGAAAAUUUAUCAACAAAUUCAGUUCGUUCAAGAGGCGUUCCCAUUCCGGUUGCUCGUUGUGAUGACAAUGGAAAUGCCAGUGGAGUCACCGGAUCUGUUCGAUUACACCGUAUCGAUACUAAACGAAGUCGACCAAUUGCACAGCACACACCUUUGCCGGAUAUUUCUGAAGAUGAAGGAAGCUACAUAGUGCAGCCAGAUCAUCUUCUUCUUCAGUAUCAAGUCAAAUCUACUGGAAUAAGGUUACGGGAUGCCGCGUUCGAAAUCAGCAACAGCUUUAGUAAUCGUUCUCGGACCUUUUCUCUCUUUUCAGCUAGAGGUCGACUGUCAUUUAGUCCUAGAAAAGGCAAUUUGUAUGCAAAUGCAUCGGUUGGCAUCACUGUCAAAAUACGAGAAAGCACGGUUGGAAACCAACUUGCUUCCAUGGCUGCAUCGGGAUUCCCCUAUAAACCACUUUCUGACACAAUCCUAGUCUUAAUUGAUGGGAAACACACCAAGCAAAUUCAAGUCAAAAUUGACAUUCAAUCUACUGACGAGGAAGGUUCAAGUAUAAACUCAAACUCAUUCUCUCGCUCGGCUAAUGGAUUCCAAGAUCGGAGAACAUCCCACGAUCGAUCCAAUUCUGGAAUUCAUAAUUCUCAACAUCCAUCCCAAACCACAAGCCAUCAACAAGAAACACACCAAGAAUACAAUUCCUACCAAAAAACCCCCCAAGAUGAGCAACCUGAAUGUCGGUUCUGCGCAAUAGAGAAAAAUUACUUAUAG